GUGGCCGCGCCGGGCGGAGGGAAGGGCGGCGGAAGGCGAGGGAGCCUGAGCGGAGAGGCCGGACGGAGCCUUGUUGCGCCCGCAGAGCCCAGCGCGAAGCAUGGCCGUGGCGGUGGGGAGACCCGCGAAUGAUGACCUUCGAAAUCUGGCCCUGUCAGGCCAUGUUGGUUUUGACAGCCUCCCUGAUCAGCUGGUAAACAAGUCAACCUCACAGGGAUUCUGCUUCAACAUCCUUUGUGUUGGGGAAACUGGCAUUGGAAAAUCAACCCUCAUGGACACGUUGUUCAACACAAAGUUCGAAAGUGACCCUGCAACUCACAAGGAGCCUGGUGUACGGUUGAAAGCUAGGAGUUACGAACUUCAGGAGAGCAAUGUCCGCCUGAAGCUGACAAUUGUCGAUACAGUGGGAUUUGGAGACCAGAUCAAUAAGGACGACAGCUACAAACCCAUCGUGGAAUACAUAGAUGCUCAGUUUGAGGCCUACUUGCAGGAAGAACUGAAGAUCAAACGGUCCCUGUUUAAUUAUCACGACACCAGGAUCCACGCGUGCUUAUAUUUCAUUGCCCCAACUGGGCACUCACUGAAAUCCCUUGAUCUGGUCACCAUGAAGAAGCUCGACAGCAAGGUGAAUAUUAUCCCGAUAAUAGCCAAAGCUGAUACCAUUGCAAAGAACGAGUUACAUAAAUUCAAAAGCAAAAUCAUGAGUGAGUUGGUCAGCAACGGGGUCCAAAUCUAUCAGUUCCCAACUGAUGAAGAGACAGUGGCUGAGAUUAAUGCCACCAUGAGUGUCCACCUCCCAUUUGCCGUGGUGGGCAGCACCGAAGAAGUGAAGAUUGGCAAUAAAAUGGCCAAAGCCAGACAAUAUCCAUGGGGAGUUGUCCAAGUUGAAAAUGAAAACCACUGUGAUUUUGUGAAGUUGCGUGAAAUGCUGAUCAGAGUGAACAUGGAAGAUCUGAGGGAGCAGACUCAUAGCCGACAUUAUGAGCUCUACCGCCGUUGCAAGCUGGAAGAGAUGGGAUUCAAAGACACAGACCCUGAUAGUAAACCAUUCAGCCUGCAAGAAACCUAUGAAGCAAAGAGGAAUGAAUUUCUGGGUGAGCUACAGAAGAAGGAGGAAGAAAUGAGGCAGAUGUUCGUCAUGAGAGUGAAGGAGAAAGAAGCAGAGCUGAAGGAAGCAGAAAAAGAUCUUCACGAGAAGUUUGACCAUCUAAAGCGGACUCACCAAGAGGAGAAGAAGAAGGUAGAAGACAAGAAGAAGGAACUUGAGGAGGAGCUGAACAACUUCCAGAAGAAGAAGGCAGCAGCUCAACUAUUACAAUCACAGAGCCAACAGGCUGGCUCUCAACAAACCAAGAAGGACAAGGACAAGAAAAAUUCAAGCUUCACAUAAAGCCUGCCAAGUCAAAGGACGUUCCUGCAUUCCCCCGCUUUUGCAGUAAUGUGUUUCAGCCAUCUUAUAUCUAUUUCUUUUAAACACAAGUCCUUCUGAUUAGUAUUAAGGGGAUGGGUGGGUGAAACAGGGGGCACCUGACAUUGUGCUUUAUUGUUUCCUUUUUUCUUUUUCUCUCAGGAGACCAGCAGUGGUGAUGUUCUUUAAAGUAGGUGGAAGGAUCAGGGCCAAAGAGUUCAUGAACCCUGCCCCUUGGGUUCAGGGGUGUCAGCAGGGAGGGGGGCCAAAAAGUCAAGAUGGCAGCCUCAAUGAUGCAAUCAAAGCCCUGUCCUUUUUUACAUGCAUCACAAUUCACAUAAAGAAGUGACAGGGCGUCAGUCAAUGGUUGUGAUCAUCUUGACUUUUUGGACACACAUCCAUGGCAGACAUCCCUGUUGACCUCUGGGUUCAUGCCAGAGACCCUCUUGAUUGAAACUUGGGGGCUUAUGAAUGUCUUUAAUGACAAGCUUGGUCCCAUUCUUGUAACAACAUAUUCAAGGGGAGGACUGAAGCCAAGCCCUUUGCUAUCCUUAUGAUUUUAAUGGGAAGCAACACAUUUACCUGGAAGUCCCACUGAAGUCCAUGGGAUUGCCUUCUGAGUUGACACAUGGAAGAUUGCACGUGCCUAAUUUUAGCUCCCAUUGAAACCAAUACUAUUUUACAAAUUUGAUUGUGCCUUGAGGCAGUUUGAGAUCAGAAGAUGUUCUAUUUAGGGUUUUAGAAACAUAACGUCCCUCUGUGGCUCCAGUUUGGAGCACAUUUCUCUCAAUUAGGAUCACAGUAGUUUUAGAAAGUCGUCAUCCCAGUUGUACUGCUCUUGGCUUUCUGUACCAACAAAAACCUAUAACCAUUUUUCUAAAGCUAGCAGUAGUGAAAAUCAUGCCAGUCUGGUAUUUGACAGGGAUGAAUAGCUGUAUGAAUUAUGUUCUCCAGAAAGCCAUCAAGGUAAUGCAAAGAUCUAGCACGAAAGAAUUGUAGGGUUUCUCUAGAGCUCUCCAGGAUGAUGUCUAUUACAAAUAUAACUUUUCUUGCAUCUCUGGAGAAAAUUGGGUCAGGCUGAAUUCAGUUGGGUUGCCAAGUCUCAGUCUGUCGUUGAGGAAUCCCAAGGGCAGUGUGGGAAUACCUAGUAAGAAGAUCUUCCUUGUGUCCUGCAGCAGGUGGAAGAGAAGAUCAGACAAAGCAACCCUUGGAGUGCCGCCAGAGCAUUCAUUCUGGUUGCCACUAGUCUCCCUGAGACCCAGCGUUCUGUGCCAGGGCUCAGAUCUUGGAAUAGUGGCUGUCUCCAUGAGUCAGCGCGACUAUCAGAGACAAGUACAUGUCUCUGAUUUGGCUGAGGCUUUGUCCUGGAAUUCUCUGCAGGGUACAACAGGUAUUUCCCUCUUCUGCUUCUCACCAAGAACUCUUGCACCGUUCUAAAACUUCUUAGUGACUAUCAGACUUGCCUGAAGGUAUGGGGGAAAAAAAGGGACGUGGUUGUAUUUCUCAAUCCCAUCUUGUAAUCACCAGCUGCCCAGGGGUGGCAGUAAGGAACUUUCAGCCUUCCAUGGAAGCUGUGCCGUUGUGUCCUGUGCUCAUAAGUCCUGUGGAAUCCGGUGCUUCUUCUAGGAAGAUAUAAGGUGAUAGAAGACCCAGGAACCGCUUGCAUGUCACUUUCUGAUUUGCAUGGCUUUCCAUUUGCAUAAUACUUUUGUAUUUUUCUGGGUGCUAUUACAUGGGCCUCCUGCUUCUUAACUUGCCCCAGCAGGUUGAUUUGCUUUAACCAAACAGCUCUGGGAAGGAGGCAAUAAAACUAACAAAUGCAACAUAUAUCCAAUGCAGAGUUGCAAUUUUUUUGAUGGAUGGUUGAUUCCAUUUUGGUUUCUUCACCUAAGGGGACAAUUGGAGCACCAAGUCACUCCUUGGAAAAGGCUCUGGAAUGCUAAGCUUUGCAAAAUCAAAGCGUAUCUGAAGGAAUUAAUUAACCGCUUACUCUGAAAUAAAGAAACAAUCCAUUACAGUUGGGAUCAAGCUUAGCGUGGUAAUGGAUAUUAUUGCUAUGCCUCGUCACCUGACUUCAAGCCAGUAGUACUAGGUACCUUUAAUGAAUGUAAAAGGAAGUGUUUCAAGCAAUUUUUUAAAAUUUCAUUUGCCAAUUCCAAUAAGUCAAUGACAGCCUUUCCCAGCCGCUACCCUCUAACUGAAGGAGUUCUCAAACUUUCUGACACUGCAUCCUGCUAAGAUGAUAAAUGACAUCAUGCCCCCAUGAACAAAAUAAAUGACUUCCUUGUGGGUAAUGUUGGGCAAGAAAUACAUUUUAUUAAUGUUUUUAUCUAUAGACAAUAAAAUUGUAGAACAGUACAUUAUAAAACAGAACUAUUGCACUGGAUUUUUUUUAAAGCCCCAAUCAUAUUUAAAACAAUUUCUAAUGAAAAGGAUAAACUUGCCUACUUCUGCAUAAAUCCUGAAAUCUGGAUUUCAUCUUUGUGAUGCCAUCUGCUGUAUGUGAGAAUCUUGUCCAUUUCAGUCGCUUUAAUCCACAAAAUAAAUUACACUUUAAUCCAAACAAAUGACAACACUUCAUUGUCGUUUUGACAUAAUGGUCUUUAAAACUCCUGAAAAAUAAGUACACAUGCAGGCAUAAAAAAGAUCAUUUCAAAAGAAUGUUCUGUAACCUAAAUAAUAAGUAAAAUAAUACAAUAUUAUUGGGAGCUUGCAGAACCCUUAUGCCUCUGCUAAGAAAAGGGGGCAAGUGGAAAGCUGAUUUGUAAGCUUAGUAAUACUCAAAAGUGUGAACUCAUCUGCCAGAGUUUGAGAACCGCUUCUCUAGUGAGUUGGGAUGACACCACUCACAAUUCACAGGAAGCAUGGGUGAAGUCUAUGCUGGACAUGAAAUCUGGGAGUUGUCUCAACCUAGCUAGAGGGCAUCAGGUUGAUUAAGCGUGGUCUAACUCUUCUGGUUUCCCUUAACUUCAGACAGUGAUGGGAGCUGUGGUUUUUUAAAGUCCCAAUCAUCUUUAAAACAAUGGACAUCUUGGCAUAUGGGUUAAAUCUGUUUUUCCAGGUGUCUUGAGAAAGAGCAAAGCCAUGAGUACUGAUCCAGAUGAAAACCUGUGCAAGCUUUCAGUGUAGACCUGGGAUGGGGAAAGAAGACAGCUAUUUGUCAGGAUGACUUUUACUUUCAUCAUUGUUAAAUGGCAUGCGCCAGCAAAGGAUGAAUGUGUAGAUAAAAUUUAUCCUCCUCUGUUUUUAAGCUCUGUUUGAUUGUUUCUGUUUUUCUGUGUUGGACAGAAUCUUUUCAUUUCUGAUAUAUUCCAAGAGGUGGUGAUCUCUGUUUAGCCCUUGGCUUCUGGAUCACUUUCUCUCCAGGUGAUGCCCUACCAACUUUCUCUCUGCGUCUUACUAGGUAGUCUCCUGUUUCUUGCCUUUUUAAACUGCUUAUUGAACAUUUACCAGUCCCCUGAGUCUUUGCCUGCUUUUCACAUUCCAAACUUGCUUCUCCAUCUGAACCAUUGAGAUGGAUUUUGUGGCUAUUUUCUCUUGCUCUUAACUAAUGCAAAAACUAACCAGUGAUGGGGCUUGAUCCUCCUCCAUCUAAAGGUGGUUCUUGGGGAGGUAACAGGCCAAGCAUAGAACUGAGCUAUCAGAAAAGCUAGAGAGAAAGGGGCUAGCGAGUGAACCAGAUAAAAAGCUGUGCUCUCUGCUGGUAGACCUUAAACUCUCCCAGUCUUGAGAUGGAGCCAGUUUCCUAACCAUGCACUGUUAACGCCUAUUGUGUAAUUGUCUGUUCAGCUUCUCCGAAGCUUGAAUGCUUGUAUGGUGUGCUUCUACUAGCCAUGUCUGUCUGUGUCCUAUUUUUAAUUGGCUUCCAUGCCUGCUUAAUCUGUUAUUUCUCCUGCUUAGUUUAAUAGAACCUUUAUUAUGCCCCAAACGCACAUUAACACUGGUUGGGAGAGAUAUAGACAUAUAUGUACUUUUACCUGUGUGGGAAAUUCAUUGGCUAGCCAAUCAUCUGUGGUGUCCUUCCAAGCAGUCAGGGGAACUUGUUUUUGUUCAAAAAGUCAAAAGUAGCAGGAGGAUGAUAAAUAUUGUGUCCUCACUUGAUGGGGAGACCCCACCUGCGUAAGAGCCUUGACACUUCCUCCAAAUGAAAUGGGGGGGGGAAUCAUUCUGUUAGUCUCUAAACAGGCCUCUCCCCCCACUAACUGAAUCAUUGUCAAGUAAGCAAAUGGCUGCUAUGUAUCAACUGUGUUAAGUUAGCCAUUAAUCAUUGGUUGAGUACACCGGUGCUGAAGCGGUUGUAAGGGUUGGCCCUUUUUACUUUUCAGGCACUGGGAGAGGCCCUAUUCAGAGAUUCACCAAGCUAGUAAAAUGGUUUGUCCGGUGAAUAAUCUAGUAAAGAACUUGUUCAGCUUCCAUAGCCCAUCAGGUUUUGCACCAUUGACUUGUAUACCGGCAGUUCUCUUUUAGCGACUGCCUUGUUUAGCGACCAUUCGCAGUUACCACAGUGAUGAAAAAGUAACUUUACUACCAAUCCUUGCAUUUACAACCUUCACAGGUUGUAAAGCAAAAGAAAGCUGACGUAAGAUCAUAGGCACAGGCAGUUUCACUUAGAGAUCACUUUGCUUAACAACUGAGUUGCCGGUCCCAGUUGUGGUCACUGAACGAAGGCUACCUGUAGUGACAUGGACUAAAAUUCCUUAUGGACAGCCUUGUGGUUCUGCUUCCUCUUCUUUCAUAGAGUGUUCACAGGCACAUCCAAGUCUGUGUGGAUUUUAUAAGGCUAAUCACAGCACAGCCAAUGUCAGACUUGGAUGUAGUAUCAUUCACCCUCAAAAGUGACGUUCUUCAACAUUACUAGAUCAUCUAAGGGAUCCACCUUUCCCCUGUGAAUGUGUUUGUGAUUGAAACAGGCAGGUUGGUGGGAAAGAGUGAUGAAGGAGAGAAUUCCAUCCAUCUAAGAAGCAGUGGAUUGGAUGAAUUUACUGAGUAAAUUUACUGAGUCACCCUACUGUGUAGUCCAAGAUACCUGGAGGAUACCAGGUCACCUGACCUGGGUGUAAUUGCUGCAGUUCCCAUUCAACUCUGUUUGCCAAGUACAGUCCAUAAUUUUUAACUUCCUCCAGUUAUUUUUCUUCUUGGCCCAUCCAUCCAGAGGCAGUGCAGACAACUUCGUUAGAGAAAUUAAAGUCUUUUCUCCCUAUUACCUUCUCCAAGCCCCAAUUAAAUAAUUUGUUAGCCAUUGCUCCCAUCCAGGGUAUAUCGUCCGUUAAGAAUAAUUGCUCAUGACACCUUUAGGCAGGUGUCCCACAGGAAGGUUGGUACAGGUAAAUAGGAUGCAAAUUUCUAUGUGCACUGGAUUUGCAGCCCUCAUUCCAGAUCCAGUAAAUGAUAGCAAAAUAGAAAAUGGAGCCUGUAUCUCUUACUUCUAACCCUUUGCUGAUUAGGGAACUAAUUAAUAACAGUGAAACCAGGAUCUCAUCCCGCUGUAGCUACUCUCUAGGCCAUGUGUAGUUUGUUGACUGCUGCACUUGCUUUUCCUUUCUGUAUCUAUGCCUUUCUUCACAGUAACCCUUGGCUGUGCACGGAAUAAUGUCUCCUCACAACUUUUUGGAUGUGCUUUCACUCUGCAUGUAAGUACAGAUUGAGAAGAAAAGUUUUUCCCCCUUUGGAGGGAGCUAACAGGUAUACCUGAAUUGAGUAGGGUUGGAAAGAGGUCUUCUGCUUCUUUUGGCCAGGAUGAACAAUGAGCAUCUGUAACUGGAACAUAAACACACUGACUCCACUCCAGUAGUUCAUCAGACCUAAGUUCCUUUGAGAUCAGGGACACAGCUGAAUCACAGAAAGGUCCCAAAAUUUCCAGUGGGAACUAAAACAUAACAAACCAGAAUGAUUCAGUAGCAAAUAGGUCUUGUCUACUUCAUGUUCCAUUACAUGGGCUUACACUGGUAGGUUCUCCCUCAUCAUAAACAUUCUAAGUUUGAAAUAAAUCCAGUUGAUUUCAGUUAUUGCCUGAAUUUAAGCUGGUUCAGAGAGAAAUGCCAUCUAGAGUCAUUGCAACUUCAUUCUUUUGUACUGUAACCUAAGGUCUUUUGCAUAUAUGUGGGAAUCCCACUAAGGGACCCGUGUUAAGGAUUAGCCUAUUAAUUCAGUUUCCACAUAGGAGUCAUUAAACAACCUUGGAACACAGUGCUACAUAUUUUAAUAUUAGGUUACUGACUGCACUUUGCCAGUUCUGAUUAUCAACAAGUGGGCUAUUCUUCCCGCUUGUUUUAAAGGAACAGCGAUGCAAAUUAUUUUGUCCUGAUUUUUCAGUAGAAGCAGUCUUUCCAAAUGUAAUUCUUCUUCAAGGCAAAAGAGCUUUCCUUCUGCUCCAUCACUGAAUUCAUUUAACUCCCAGGUUCUCUGCUGCUAAACAAGCAGAUUUUGUUCCCAGAUGUUUAGCUCCUGGUAUUACAAACAACCACAACACCACACACACGCACCGCUUGAAAGCAGAAACAUUAAUGCACAACUUUAUAUCUUUAUUUUCUAUUUUAUAUAUGCUCUAAGGUGUUAUAUACUAAGAUUAAAAAAAGAAAAAACAUCCGGAUUAGGCCAACUAUCAGUCUGAUUUAAUUGAAAUCAUGAAAAGCAAAAUUAUGACUUACCCUUAUGUGUAUAAUAUCUUGGAUCAGUCUGAUUUAGAGAAAAAAAUUACAUCUGUUUUGAGAAAAUUGUCAUUCACUUCAUUUGACAGAACUACUGGGGGGGGGGGGUGUUUAGAAAGAAAGAUUCAAACAUUCACCCAAAUAUUUUGAAGGUUAAUUUCAUAUAAGUAGCAUUUCAAGUGCCAGAAUAUAGAAAUCAACUUUCACAUACUUUGUGCUUGUACUUCCUCUAUAUCGAAACUGAUCUUCAAAAAGCGAUAUAGGAUUGGGUUCAUUCAUACAUAGCAGUAGGAGAUGCUUCAUUGAAUAAAUAAACCAGUUGAUGGUUUAUUGAAUAAACUAGAGUUGUAUUUGCACAACACACUAAACCCAAACCAAACUAACUACAUUAUGGCUUCCUGUGCUGUGUGAAUCCAGCCAAGUGCUAACAAAAAGCUUGAAGACAAGACGGUGGUACCUAGCCUCAAAAAUCUGGUGCUUGAAGUGAGUGCUUUGUAGUAAGACCAACCUUGAUGUGCAACCCUGAGAGGCAUAAUUGAUAACUCUUGGAAUUGAAAAAGUUUCAGCACUAGACUCUCUUCUGUAGGAGUUAGUGGAAUCUCAGUUGCUUCUUUCUCAUGGGUGUCUUUAGAUCACCAGCACCAUACAGUGACUCCACCAUGAGAGAGUUGGUUGUCUGUUGUAUGUGACCUUUCUGUGGGAUUGACUGUAUAUCAGAAAUGCAGGAUCGUGAAGAUGGAACACAGUCAUGGCAUGUUGAAAUACAUGGUUUGAUAGUGAGAUUGUACAUGCUCACUGCACAGCUGGAUCAUCUAAAGGUACCUUGAUGUUUCCCUGUUCAGAGAUUUCCAUAUCGAUAUAAAUUGGCUUUGCUUACUUAGUUCUCUGUCAAAUUUCCCUUGUCCUCCUAAAAGCCUCUGAAAUUGUAUUUACAUUUCAAUCCCAUGGAUUCCAAAGCACGGAACAGUGAUCUCCAGAUACUGGGUGUCUCCAAAAAGGGCUGUUCACCAAGGAAAAAACCAGAGCCAGGAGUAAUUGGGUCAGUGGGGAAUAAAAGUGUCUUCAAAAUAUUGAAGUUGGAAUUAUACAGAACUGGACUUACCUGGGAUAUGAUCUUUCCAGUGGCAGCUGAACAAGAAAUACUAAUUGUGGGCUACUAAACAUUGCCACAUUAGUGGGAUCUUGUCAGAUGGCAACCAAAUCUGUUUUGACUAUAUCAUCAUUGAUGAAUUCAUAAAGAAAGAAACGUAUCAGACACAUGGUACCAGUAGGCACAACUCCAGGAAAAAGAUGAGUGCUGUGAUGAUGGUACACCUACUUGGAAUUCCUCAGCUUCAUGGGCUAAUUGUUUUAAUGAAAUGGGUACAUCACGUUCAAAAACAGGAUUCCUCAACCUAGGCACCAUCCAGAUACUUGUGCUUCAAAUUCCCAGAAUUCUUUGUAGUGGACAUGCUUGAACAGGGAAUUCUGGGAAUUGAAGUAUUUUCAGCUUGGACCAGAUGGCUUCAGUGGGGCUGAAAAUCUUAGAUCCAAGAUCUUUCUCUUAAUUGGGUAUGGAUCUGCUAGUAAAUCCUUUGUUUUGCAAACAUUGAUGUACUUGUGAGCUUUUGUUAUUCCUGAUCAUGCAAGUUGUAUGUGUGACUUACCAUUUUGGAAUCAAAUUGUUUUUGCUAGAACUUCGCCUCAAAAAUGGAAUCAAAACCACAGCUACAUUUACAGUAUACUGCACCUAUAACUGUCUAACUGGUGCCUGGCAGUGUAGUUUUGAAACAUAUAUGAAGGUUUAUGUUUUACCUCUCCUUCCCAACUUAUUGAAAAUAAAACUGUGAACAGCAGUAGGAAUAUAUUGUUUGUAUACUUCUAUUUUGUGGGGUGUGUUUUUUGAAGUUUACUUAACAGCCUUAAAACUUUUUAGGUCUAGCUUGUUUAUUAACUUCCUAUUUUGAAGAUAUCCUAUGUUUUUACCAGAAUCAAUUUGUAACCAAUUUACCGUGACUAUAGCAUUAUAUAUGUUAUGUAUCUGUCCAUUAGACCUUUGUUAACAAUGUCAAAAAAUGUCUUCAUUUUUCAAAGUUCACUAAUGCUGGGAAUCUUCUGCAUUUGAAGGACACGGGGCUUUUUGUAUAUGUUCUUAAAUGUUCACUUCCCAAAAGCCUGAAUACCCAAACUGGGAAGCAGAAAAUACAUUUAAAGAAAAACAACAA